AUAUCAAAUUGGUUGGUAUCGUUGCUGGCCGCUAUUCUCGGCUCAUCGCUUGAUGCAUUCGAUCCUGUUGCACUCACCUUCUGCCUGCCCACGUGGGAGAAAAUGACUAAAAUCACACACCACCACCUACUCAUCGACACUACUACUCGUUUUGUCUUUCAGCCCGUGUCGGACGGACACACGGACACACAUACACACAGACACACAUACAGUUUGCAAGAGUCAUCCCCGUUCCGGUGGGCUCUAGACACAUGUUCGUUGCGUCACGUGGUCGUGAUUGUCCAUUCGAAGGGUCGGUUGCCAAGCCGACAUGUGACACCAGCACGGCAACCAGACUUUGAGCCGGCCUUUUUGACAGAGCCGAUGACCGUGGUGGUACCACAACGCGUCGUCAAUGUGUCUUUUUUGUUUUGUUUUUCUCUUGUCAACUAUAUGCCCCAACCAACCCUGUGCUGGAGGCAUGACAAAGCACAAUGGCAUAACCAGCCACACAGACGCACAGGUCCGAAGAGAAAGACAUACUUCACCUGUAAACACUGA